GGCCCUGGGGAGGAAAUGGGAGCCAAGGCAUCGUUGGUGGAAGAUCCGGUUCCUGGGUCUGCUAUGGUAACUUCUCCCACUCUGGACAACAUCCGGGCAGCCUAUGAAGAAGGAGAGAAUGAGGCUGCCAGGGAGCUGAUUCAACAGGCCUGCUGUGUAGAGUGCAGCGCAGCAGUGCCUCACAUCGAUGGGGUUGGUCUUCUUUGUGUUGCCUCUCAGCAUGGUGAUCUGCAGAGUGUCUCUUACCUCCUGAGAGAAGCCCGUAUCAUUUUACUUCAGGAACCAUCCAGCAGCAACCCAGCCAUCCUGGCAGCGUACUACGGCCACGCCAGCGUGGUCAAAGAGCUGCUGGACUCCAUCCCUGGUCCAUGUCUGAGGAGAGACUUGUUGAACUUUAUGCUGGCGACAUCCUGCCAGCAAGGUCAGCUGGACGUGGUGCGGCUGCUGGUCCACGGCUACGCUGCUGACACCAAGGACUGUGCCGUCCACAGCGAUGAGUUCGCUGUCAUUACGGGGCUGCCACUGUAUGCUGCUGCACAAGCAGAUGGUUAA